GUGCUGUAAAGGCUAGGAUGCAAAAAUGGAUGAUGAAUUUUGUCUGGCGGAAGAACAAUAUCAUGAACUUAGUGAUACAAAACAAUGGGAAAAGAAUUCAUGUUCACUUGGAAAGAGUGAGACGGAAGAUGUUUUUUCAUCCCAGGAGAGCUCAUCCACAACCAGCACAGAGAGAAAACUGAAUCCUCAAGCCAUCACCAGGAGGUGUGACUUUAAAGAUAACCCACACUUACUACAAGUUCCAAGAGUGGAGGAUGAUGAUGUUGAUAUCACACUGUGCCAGUUUGACAGACAUGCUCCAGGAAGGAUUUCUACUUCUCCAACUUUGAGGAGGCUACGGAGCAGUACGUCAUCAGUGUCUCAAGUAUCACCACUCCAAGAUAGCCCUGAGAGCAGUCCAUUGUCACAAACCAAUUCUUUAAUUUCUGUUAGCCAACAUUCUCUCAUAUGUUCUCAAAGUUGCUCUUCCUCUUACCCCAGCCUCUGCAACAAUUCACUGUCAAACACGCCAUCCAAUGACUCUAUAUCAUUUCAACCACACAUUAAAUAUGAUUUCUGUGAUGGUCAAACGCCACAAUAUACAAUGGAGAACAACCCUUCUUUCUGUUCUGAGGAAAAUCAGAAUUCUCAGGAAUAUGACCAGGAAUUAGAUUUACAUAAACCCAGUAGUCAAUAUAGCUCACCAGAACGCAGGCAUAGUUCAGUGGUGGUGAGUUUGCCUGGAUUUGAAAUGUUCCCAGGAGACCUGUUGAUAUCAGACAGUGCAGCAAAAUUCCUCUAUCAUCCAGCAUCUCUACAAAGCUCAGAGUCCAAAAAGCCCAGGUGGCCAUUUGCUAAAAGAGGAACUAGUAAAUACAAACAAAAACAAAUAUCAGACUUGGAAAAUUAUCUUUCAACUCUCACUAUCAAGAUGUCGAAAUGUGAUGACUAUGAAUUUCACAGUGUCAAGAGUAAGACUUGGCAAGAAAUCAUGGAGAUGUAUCAGCUUCAACCAGGAGCCACUGAUGAUCGGUUAGAUGCAAAAAAGAAAGAAGCAGUAUGGGAACUUUUCACAACUGAAUGUACAUAUUUUCUUGAUCAUCUAAUGGUUCUCAAAAUGGUAUUUAUGGAUACCUUGCAGAAGCUGCAAAGCAAGGCAUUCCUCCUUGAUGUAGAUUCUGGACUUCUUUUUGCAAACCUGGAAGAGUUAAAUCAGGUGAGCCUGAACUUUGUGACCAGUUUCUUUACUGCUAUAAAGGAGCACAUCAACAAACUAACACCAUCCAUAGAUUUCAUGGCCAUUCUCAGCAAGUCUUUCCAAGGCAACCUGUGCCAGAGCCAUCAAGUAUACUGCCUAAAUUACACCUCUGCUAUCUUUUACUUGGAAAAACUGAAGAAAAGAGAAGACUUUGGGAUAUAUUUAAAAUGGUGUGAACAGAACAAGCACUGCAAACGGCUCCAUCUCUCAGAAUUGCUAGUUGCACCUUUACACAAAUUAACCCGUUAUCCCCUCCUCUUGAAGAACAUCUGGAAAAACUCUGAGACAGCAGAGAAAGCAAUAAUUGAUUCCCUGAAGGAAAGAGUGGAAAAAUCUAUACGAGAUUUAGAAGGGAAAGUGAAAUGGUUGGACAGCUUCCAGAAAUUUAAGCAGCUUCAGGAAAUUAUAAUUUGGCCUUCACUUUGGGAUCAAGACAAACGAUUUUUUGUUCCUGAGGGUCUCAAGAACAUGCUAAAGGACAAUCCCAAUGAAAACAUCUUGUCGCCAAUGAAGAGAUCCCUUGUUCAUGAGGGCAGAUUAACUCUUUCAGAACAUAUGAGGCUUACUGAUGUCUACUUGUUUCUAUUUGAUGAUCUGCUAUUGAUUACGAAACCUAAUCGGCAGAAAAAGAAAUCUGGAGGUUCUGAUUUGAGUGUAAUCCCUGCCUGCCCUUUCUUUUCUUUGGAGUUGCAGUCUUUGCUUGAAGAAGGCAAUUCUUAUCUGGUGCUUGAUCAGCCAAUUCCAUUAGAUAGACUGAUUGUAAGAAAUAUUGAUUCAUUCCACAUAACAGCUUUUGGACUACGAAAUGCUUUUCUAAUACAGCAUGAAAAUAGGUAUCGGCAGUGCAUAGCCGCCUUCUUACUACAAGCACAGACUGAUUCUCUCAAGAAAACAUGGCUGUCCGAAAUUGAAACUGCAAUCUCAGAGUGUACUAAGAAACACAAUUCUUCUCAACCACCAUUUUCCCAUUCAUCUGCUGAAUCAUCUGAAAUUUAGUUGUGGAACUGAUGGGCCUUGGAACAAGCUUUCUUCUUUUAUAGCAAAAUGUUUUAAAUAUUCAGGUUUUUUUUCUGACAGUAAGGAAAGUUAAUUCCUGGCUAGCAGACCUACCCAGCACAUAGAAUAAUAGAAUCCAAGUGUUGGAAGAGAUCUCAUGAGCCAUCCGGUCCAACCCCCUACCACGAAGCAGGAACAUCGCACUGAAAGCAUCCCUGACAGAUGGCCAUCCAGCCUCUGUU